CUCCAAACACGGGUGCGGCCCUUCUCAGUUCUUCCCUCAUGUCCCCUCGCAUCCCCACCUGAAAUCUUGCAUCAAGUAUGCGCCUUGAUGAAGAAGCCAAAAUGGGAGGAAGACGACUUCUUGAAAUCACUGGUUUCUCACAUGAACCCAGGUCUUGCUUCCCAAGUCCUGGCGCUUCAGAGCAAUGAUAUUCAGCUCAGCCUUCGGUUCUUCAGGUGGGUUUGCUUGCACUCUACGUAUUGCUAUGAUUUCGACGGCAAGAUUGAGGUUUUGAAUUUGUUGCUUGCUAGUAAAUCGAUUCAACUUGUACAUAAAGUCCUGGUUUUGUUGAUUAAUGAAAACUGUGUGUCUGAAUCUGAUACCUUGAAGUUAAUCCGCGCGCUCGAGGGCAUGAGAAAUGCGGGAUUUAAGCUCAACUAUCCCUGUUAUAGUGUGCUUUUGAUGCGGUUGGCUAAGCUAAGCAUGUGCUUAUCAGCUCUUCAGUUGUAUGAGGAAAUGAUGGGAAAUGGCUUUGUUCUAUCUCUGAUUGAUUAUACUUCUUUAGUAAAUGCUCUAUGUAAAAUUGGGUAUGUGAGAUCUGCUGAAAUGUUCUGUUCCAGGGUUUUGAAACUCGGAUUUAGGCUAGAUGUUCGUGUGUGUACCUCGUUGGUCUUGGGUUAUUGUAGGGUUUGUGAUAUUGUUGGCGCCUAUAAAGUGUUUGACACAAUGUCCCGAUUGGAUGGUUGUAAGGCUAACAGUGUUACAUAUUCAAUAUUGGUUCAUGGUCUCUGUAAAGUUGGCAGGACAGACGAUGCCUUUCAACUAAAAGAGCAGAUGAGCAAGAAAGGUUGUAAACCUAGCACACACACAUAUACUGUACUCAUUAAAGCUGUAUGCGACAGGGGAUUGAUUAAUAAGGCUUUCCUUUUGCUUGAUGAGAUGCUGAAGAAGGGCUGUAUGCCAAAUGUUCACACAUACACAGUGCUGAUAGAUAGAUUGUGUGGAGAGGGAAAAUUUGAGGAGGCCAAUGAGUUAUUUAGGAAGAUGAUAAAGAACAAGUUGUUUCCGAAUGUAGUAACAUUCAACACGUUAAUUGAUGGUUAUUGUAAAGAGGGAAAGGUGGUGUCUGCAUUUGAGCUACUUGGUGUAAUGGAAAGAGGGAAAUGCAAACCAAAUAUCCGUACAUACAAUGAGCUAAUAGGUGGACUAUGUAUAGUAAAUCAACCUUUUAAGGCAAUGGAACUAUUGGAGAAGAUCAUUGGUAAUGGACUGAAGCCUAAUGAGGUAACCUACAAUACCCUGAUUAAUGGUUUCUGCAAGGCAAGCCACCUUUGUGCAGCUCUCACGGUUCUACAAUCAAUGAAGCUAACAGGAAUUGAACUUGAUGGCUUCACUUAUACAAUGUUGAUCGAUGAGCUAUGCAAAGAUGGAAAACUAAAGCAAGCAACUAUUUUCUUUGGAUUGAUGCUUAAGAAAGGAAUAGCCCCUGAUGAAGUAACAUUAACUGCCCUUAUCAAUGGUUAUUGUCGUGCUGAUAAAAUUCAAGAUAGCUUCAUUAUUUUUGACAGAAUGAUAAACGAUAGGCUGUUUACAAGUCCACAUGCCUUCAACUCAUUUAUUGACAGUCUUAUAAAACAAUUUAGAUUGGCUGAAGGAUAUUCUGUUUUUGCAAAAAUGUUGAAGCAUGGUUUAGUUCCCUCUGUAGUGACCUAUACAAUACUAGUGAAUGGGCUGGUCCACACAGGGGAUAUGAGUUCUUCAUUGAAAGUCAUAGAUGUUAUGAAACAAGACGGAUGCCAACCAAAUGUGUGCACUUACACUGCAGUGAUGUCUGGUCUCUGUCAGAGUGGCAGGAUCAAAGAGGCAGAGGACCUCUUGUGCAAAAUGCCUGAAUAUGGUGUAAUGCCAAAUGAUAUUACAUACGGCAUCUUGAUUAAGUCACAUGUGAAAGGUGGCAGUUUAGAGCGUGCCCUUGCUAUUAUAAGCACCAUGAUCCAAAAUGGUUGUGAGCCUAAUGCUCAAAUAUAUCUUGCAUUACUUGCACAAAUUGUUUUCUCAAACACCAGUGGAGAACAGUCAGAAAAGCCUUCUACUGGGUUGGUUUCUGGUUCACGAAUUAUGGGAAAAGAUGAUCUGUAUUUUUCUGCAGACUCUGUUUUUAGAGAGUUGGAUGUCUGCCAUGCUGCCCAUCUUCAGAAUAUGUUCAAGCAAUGCGGGGACUGUACAUUGGGUGUGUAUAAAUUUUUAAUUUUAGGGUUCUGUAAAGUUGGAAGAGUUGCUGAAGCAAAGGAUCUUAUACAGAAGAUGGUAAAUAGUGGUUAUCCUCUUGACAAAGCCCUAAGUUCAUGUAUCAUAGAGUACUUCUGCAGAUAUCACUGUUAUGACUAUUGCCUGCAUUUGGUAAAGCUGAUGAUUACAGAUAGUUGUAUUCCGUCCUUUACAUCAUGUAGUCCUCUAGUUUUCAGUCUUAGAAAUCACGGGAGAGUUAAAGAAGCUAUGUGGCUGCUUUCUAACCUUUUGAAAGAUUCUAAAAUUGAUGAUGAAACUGCGAUCUCUUCACACAUUGAAUUUCUGAUUAAAGGGGAUGAACCGAUCAAGUGCUUUGAUCUUUUAAAUUUGAUUCACGAGAAGCAUCCCUUAGAGAGGCCAAUCAUCUAGUUUGUUUCUUCGAGGUUCUUGCAUCACUGAUCACAAUUUUUAGCUUCCUCUCUCUAGAGUCUAGAUCAUUUAUGCCUCUCUGCUAUGCUACAUAUGAUUUGCUACUUUGAUUAGUUUGAUGAAGGUGAAAGACUUUUGAAAUGUUUAAAAGAAAUAUGUUUUGGUUAACAAGCUUUCUUGGAGACUUUGCCAAAGCUGAGUACUGACCUCUCAUUCUCAUCCAUCUUAUGGAACUUGGGGAUGGAAUAUGUGGUAUUGUAUAUAAAGCCAUUAGCAUGAGAUCAAGUGAGAUUAUUGCAGCUAAGAAAAUGAAGAGAAAACUUUAUACUAAUUGGGAUGAGUGCAUAAAUUUCUGAGCAGUAAAGGAUUUUUGUUCCCUGCGGCUGGUGAAACCAAACCAGAGAAAGAUGGUGGUGAAACAAGGGAGGGAAGGAAACUGAGAAGGAUAAUCCGGAGUUGGCAUUUAAAAAAAACAAGAUACUCUCUCAUGAGCAAAAAAAAAGAAGGCAGCAAAAAUUGUA